GAGGCACGUGUGCAGUCCCGGAAGCGGCUGCGGGAAGCUGCCCAGCGCGCGCCUCGGGAGGAAGCGCAGCAGGGUCCGCUGGGGUCGGGUCCGGCUGGACCAUGGAGCCGUUGCCUGAGCUCGCGCCCCGGCCCGGGCCCCGCUGUCUUCUGCUUCUCUCCCUGCUACUCUUGCUGCUGCUGCUACUGCCGGCCCCGGAGCUGGGCCCCGGUUCGGCGCACGCCGAGGAGACCGACUGGGUUCGACUUCCCAGCAAAUGCGAAGUGUGUAAAUAUGUCGCCGUGGAGCUGAAGUCUGCUUUUGAGGAGACAGGCAAGACCAAGGAGGUGAUCGACACAGGCUAUGGCAUCCUGGAUCGGAAGGCUUCCGGUGUCAAAUACACCAAGUCCAUUUCAGAGCCCCCAGACCAGAUGACCUAUCUUCCUUCCAGCUCUGACUUCCCUUUGGUGAGAUGCGCAGGAGCUCAGUCCCUCUUGUGCUCCUGUCUCUGUAGGGACUUACGCUUAAUCGAAGUCACUGAGACCAUCUGCAAGAGGCUCCUGGACUACAGCCUGCACAAGGAGAGGACCGGCAGCAACCGGUUUGCCAAGGGCAUGUCUGAGACCUUUGAGACACUGCACAACCUGGUCCACAAAGGGGUCAAGGUGGUGAUGGAUAUCCCCUACGAGCUGUGGAAUGAGACCUCUGCAGAGGUGGCUGACCUCAAGAAGCAGUGCGACGUGCUGGUGGAAGAGUUUGAGGAGGUGAUCGAGGACUGGUACAGGAACCACCAGGAGGAAGACCUGACUCAGUUCCUCUGCGCCAAUCACGUGCUGAAGGGCAAGGACACCAGUUGCCUGGCAGAGCAGUGGUCCGGCAAGAAGGGGGACACAGCCGCCCUGGGAGGGAAGAAGUCUAAAAAGAAGAGCAGCAGGGUCAAGGCAUCGGGCGGCGGCAGCAAACAGAGGAAGGAGCUAGGUGGCCUGGAGGAAGACCCCAGCCCCGAUGAGGAUGAGGGCAUCCAGAAGGCGUCCCCUCUCACACACAGCCCCCCGGAUGAGCUUUGAGCCUAACCCAGUACCCCCUGAACCGAGACCCCUGACCUGGAACCUGAGGAAUCCGGGACCCCGUUCUGGCUGGCGGACAGCUGUCCUGUUCCAGGUUCUCCCUGCCGGGUGGCUUGCCACCAGGAAAGACACAGGGCCAGGGAAGAACUCG